ACUCAUACCAAUAAUUGGAAUACGGGUUGGGUCGGGUUCUACGGGUUGUGUAAUCCAAAAUCCAAACCCAACCCAAAAGAAGCGGGUUGUACAAAAGAAAACCCUCACCCAACCCAAAACCUUCGAUUUAGCGAUAAAUACGGGUGGGUUGGGUCGGGUUGGACGGGUGGGUCGGUUUGCGGGUGUGUUUGUUCACCCUAAGUAGAAGUGCUCAUUUCAUUUCUUAUGAGAAUUAAUUCCAAAUUAAUUCCAGGUCGCUACCGCGGUUUCGGCAUAGAUGGACAAGAGGCCCAACUACCCUGCUUUCUCGUUUGAAACGGCUCCGGCUCCCGUCUUCGUCGGCGUUGGCCGCUGUGAGACUGACUGGACAGUAAGACGGGAUGGAGGAAGGGGAAGUGCUGGAGCUCUAUGAGCUUCAUUACUCCGAUUUAAUGGCGAUGUCUUCUGAUUUAACAGCGCACCCUAAUCAGCUAAACCAUGAUCUCUCAACUCCCUCGCCGGAGGAGCGACGAAGACUGGAAACGGUCAGGAGGCGCCUUCUCCCUCUCGCAAGGAAGCUCGCUCUUCUGGACAACGACCAGCGGAAGCGCAUUCUCAAGGAAUGUGGCUUGGGGAGUGAUGUUCCAUUGAAGAACCCAGAUAGGAAAGUAUCCUCCUUUGCAAUGCAGCUGAAAUACACUGAAUUUCUCGAGUCCGGUCAAGCUAUUUAUACGCCUUGCAGCUUUGCAAGGACUGAUUUGGACGCUGACAAUAGCUGCUUAGAUUCAGUGUCAGGGGAUGAUGACUAUAAGAAUCUUGCUGAUGUUUUCAAGGAGCUAGGACACCGCAUGAUGCAGCUAGGAUUAUGUCUUGCGCAAGUGUGCGAUAAAGCAAUUGGUGGCAAAGAGUUGGAGAAGAGCUUGCUUGAAUCAGGCACAGCAAAGGGGCGUCUGAUACAUUAUCAUUCAGCCCUUGACAAUGUUCUUGGAAAAGAAACUGCAAGAAGAAACCUGGGGUCAUCAAGAAAAAUGGGUAAUGCCAAAACCAGCAAAGGAUAUACCUUGUUGAGUGCGGAAAGACAGUUAGAACACUCUGCAUUCGUUGAAAAUGGCAGUCAUGAAAAGCUAUGGCAGCAAUGGCAUUAUGAUUACGGUAUCUUCACUGUUCUGACAGCACCUAUGUUUCUUGUUCCAUCUCAUCUGUCAGAAAAUGGGAUCACAUCUCAACUUCCUUCAGUUACUUACGCUGAAGAAUGCUCUUAUCCUGGUGGGAAUUCGUAUUUGCAAGUCUUUCAUCCGAACAAUAACGCAGUGGUCAUGGUGAAAGCUUCUCCAGAAAGUUUCAUUGUUCAAGUUGGAGAAUCAGCUGAUAUCAUAUCGAAGGGAAAACUCCGUCCUACCCUUCACUGUGUAACCAGGCCAGAGAAGAUGGACUAUUUAAGCAGAGAAACGUUUGUGGUGUUUUUACAGCCUUCUUGGAGCAAAACAUUUUCACUCUCUGGUUACAAUGGCUCGCAGCACUCUUGUUCUAGGCCUGGUUCAAAAGAUUUGAAGGAGCAUAUUCAUAAAAUGGUUCCACCCCUUUCUUCGCGUUUAAAAGACGGAAUGACAUUCGCUGAAUUUGCACGUGAAACUACCAAGCGGUAUUAUGGGGGUGGUGGAUUGCAGUCAAACAGUUAGCCAGCUUGUGUUUUGGUUUUCUUUUUGUGGAAUGCUGGUGAACCCCACUCCUGGUAAGACAUAAUUUAUGAUCAUUGUGCUGCAGUCAUGUUUGAAUGUGUUUCCUCAGUUUGCAUUAGUGAACUUAGUUUGCUUAGCCUUUAUUUUUAACUCUGUAUAACAAUUUUCGUUAUUCCCUAAACCCUAAUGGAUUCUGCUGUGUUUGUAUUAGGGUCUAGUCACAUGUGUCAAGAUGAAUAAGACUCGUCUUUGCUGUUGAAAGGGGCGUGGUGUUAUGUCCUUGCUGGAAAUGGCCCCCCCUGUACUAGUAGUAGAAAUUUUCAACUCUGCUUCAUAAGAAAAUCGUUUGUUACUCGAUUGAUCAAUCAUUCAUUCAUACAGUUGCUUUCUGGUUUGCAGUGGUUAGUUCUUUGUGUGAGAGAGGGACCGAAAGACAACAAUGCAAACAUUCUUAACAGUUAUUGGCAUUGGUGCUUAACGGGAAUGCAUGCCGCAAAGUACUGGGGAGCUUUCUGUGCAUCGAUUCUUUGGAAAAAAAAUGUGGAAUCCGUGCUCCCCCAGUUUGUUCCAGAAGUGUUGGGAAUCUCCUGCUCAAUGGAAUAGCCAGCCGAAUGAGGACAAAGGAUAUAUAUUCAGCCGCAUGUUCAAUCAAGUUGGUUAGUAGGUUGAUGGAUGGACUCUCUAUUCCUGCUUGAUCUGUAAAUCUCGACCCGAGUUUGGACCCUAUCAAGCCAAGUAGCAGCUCGAAGUCACCGGAAAUAUAUAUGCUUGGACCUCCUACUCUUUGUCCUCUCUGUAUAUAAAGAAUUAUUUACCCCUGCUACUUUCACCUGCAUUGCCUUAGCUGUCUUUAUUCCGGAACAAACAAUAACCAACCCGGAUUAGAAGAAAUCCAGACAUCUAGGUUACGUGUCAAAAGAAACUUAUAUGUGAUUAUCAUUCUCAGAAGCUCGUGUUUAAUAAGGUUACAGCAGAAGCUGCUAUGACUGCACUGUUGGACGCAUACUCAUCAUAUUGAUUCUGGUUUGCUGCAUUAUUGUGCAGCCCGGCUGGAGGUGAAGGGAACAUAACUGGGAAGAAAACAACUGGAAUGUGGACAAAUGCAUCAAUUGUAAAAUGGAGGGUAGAGUUGGUGGUGGUGGUGGUGGUGGUGAUUGGAGAGAAUGUGGGUAAAAGUAAAGAAAGAAAAAGCGUUUCUUUACGAAGUGGUCACACAACUGAAGGCUGAGGCUACACAGUACCGACUACCGAGCUUUGCUUUAUCAAAGCGACAAGGGAAUAUAAAGAGAGCGGGUGAGUGUGUGGAUUGGAUUUUGGAAGAAGUAAGGUCUUCCUCAUCAGCAAAUGAACAAAGUGCCAAAAACAGAGAAUGGAGUAGAUUGAUGGCAAGGAUGGUUUUUUGCUAAGAAAGAGAGAAAUGGAAGAUGAGAGUGUGAUAGUGAUUUUUUUUUUACAAAAUAUAAUUAUAUAUAUUGAUUGAAACAAUAGAUCAAUAUAUCCUGAAAUUUAGA